AUGGGUUUUGUUAAAGUAAAUAUCGAUGGGAGUUGGCAAAGCAAUGGUAGAAAAGCUAGUGUUGGAGUGGUAGUUCGAAAUUCAGCUGGGGAGUUUCUUGGCGGCUUGGCUGCAUCACGGGUGGGUCACUCUGCUCUUGAGGUGGAGGCUGAAGCAGCAGUCAUGGGGCUGGAGUUUGCAGCCAAUCUUGGCUAUAGUGAUGUCUACAUGGAAACUGACUCAAAGACCCUUGUGGACGGGAUCAAGGGGGAUAUAAGGAACUGUGCCUGGACUAUCAGGCCUUCUAUUGAGGUUAUCUGGCGCAGAGCUGAUCAAUUCAGAAGAGUUUUUUGGCGUUGGGUUCAGAGGAGUUCAAAUCGAGCAGCUCACGAGGCUGCAACGAUUGGUUGCCGAGUAGUGGAGCUGGAAAGCUGGGUUACUCAACCACCGCUGCCUCCCAUACAUGUUUUGGUGUCUGAUGGACUUCCUGGUCCUCCUUAA